AUGGUCUUGGAUCCCUCUCCUGGCAGAGCCUGCUUUGCCCUGGCCAUUCUGCUGGCAAUUGUGGAGAACAAGCUUGGUCGAUGAAUGCACAUCCUCAGCUCAGCUUCCCAGGAGGGGAAGCAACUGUGUAUUAAAAAAGAAGAGGCUGAGGUGGGUAUGGUGUUUUUGUGCAAGGACAAGUCUUGAGACUGUUCCCCUGAGACGGAGCAACUGAGACUUAAAUAGGAUCCUGGGAAAGAUGGUAUCAGUGAAAUAUCAUCUCAGUUGGUGUUCACCAUAAACCAAGCUAUGGCAUUGGACAGUGAGACCUACCAGUGGUGUGCCAGAAGCCAGAAGCUGGAUAUCCACCUUCAGGGCCAUUAUUUCUCUGUUUGAGUCACAGACACUGUCAGUCACACAGUGACUCCAAAAAAAAAAAAAAAAAUUGCCUUUCAUAUGACCUUUCUUAAGGAUAAAGGUGCUCUCAGUUCAGGCUUCCUGCAAGAAAAGGUCUGGAUGAUGCUGGUCACCAGCCUAGUGGCCCUUCAAGGUAUGUUCAGAAGAGCUUUUAGCACCCCAAGAAAUGAGGGUGCUAUACCUUUAACAUCUUGAUUACUCUCCAGGAGAAGGGUGGAAAGGAAGCCCAGAGUGGGACAGGGAAAUGCUCCUUAG